AUGGGGUUUGAAGGGGUGGAGUUCAUUUUUGAGGCGACUCAAAAAUCGAGGAGAAUGGGGUUUGAAGGGGUGGAGUUCAUUUUUGAGGCGACUCAAAAAUCGAGGAGAAUGGGGUUCGAAGGGGUGGAGUUCAUUUUUAAGGCGACUCAAAAAUCGAGGAGAAUGGGGUUUGAAGGGGUGGAGUUCAUUUUUGAGGCGACUCAAAAAUCGAGGAGAAUGGGGUUUGAAGGGGUGGAGUUCAUUUUUGAGGCGACUCAAAAAUCGAGGAGAAUGGGGUUCGAAGGGGUGGAGUUCAUUUUUGAGUCGACUAAAAAAUCGAGGAGAAUGGGGUUUGAAGGGGUGGAGUUCAUUUUUGAGGCGACUCAAAAAUCGAGGAGAAUGGGGUUCGAAGGGGUGGAGUUCAUUUUUGAGUCGACUAAAAAAUCGAGGAGAAUGGGGUUUGAAGGGGUGGAGUACAUUUUUGAGGCGACUCAAAAAUCGAGGAGAAUGGGGUUUGAAGGGGUGGAGUUCAUUUUUGAGGCGACUCAAAAAUCGAGGAGAAUGGGGUUUGAAGGGGUGGAGUUCAUUUUUCAGGCGACUCAAAAAUCGAGGAGAAUGGGGAGAAUGGGGUUUGAAGGGGUGGAGUUCAUUUUUGAGGCGACUCAAAAAUCGAGGAGAAUGGGGUUUGAAGGGGUGGAGUUCAUUUUUGAGGCGACUCAAAAAUCGAGGAGACUGGGGUUUGAAGGGGUGGAGUUCAUUUUUGAGUCGACUAAAAAAUCGAAGAGAAUGGGGUUUGAAGGGGUGGAGUUCAUUUUUGAGGCGACUCAAAAAUCGAGGAGAAUGGGGUUUGAAGGGGUGGAGUUCAUUUUUGAGGCGACUCAAAAAUCGAGGAGAAUGGGGUUUGAAGGGGUGGAGUUCAUUUUUGAGGCGACUCAAAAAUCGAGGAGAAUGGGGUUCGAAGGGGUGGAGUUCAUUUUUGAGUCGACUAAAAAAUCGAGGAGAAUGGGGUUUGAAGGGGUGGAGUUCAUUUUUGAGGCGACUCAAAAAUCGAGGAGAAUGGGGUUUGAAGGGGUGGAGUUCAUUUUUGAGUCGACUAAAAAAUCGAGGAGAAUGGGGUUUGAAGGGGUGGAGUUCAUUUUUGAGGCGACUCAAAAAUCGAGGAGAAUGGGGUUUGAAGGGGUGGAGUUCAUUUUUGAGGCGACUCAAAAAUCGAGGAGAAUGGGGUUUGAAGGGGUGGAGUUCAUUUUUGAGGCGACUCAAAAAUCGAGGAGAAUGGGGUUCGAAGGGGUGGAGUUCAUUUUUGAGCCGACUAAAAAAUCGAGGAGAAUGGGGUUUGAAGGGGUGGAGUUCAUUUUUUAG